AUGAAUGAAGUUUUGUCCCCUGCGACCGCCAGCAAUGGUGUUGGUGUCGUCGACGAGAAGGGUAUCAGUUCUAAAUACAAUGAAACGACUACGACCAGUGAGAGCCCCCUUGAUCAUGAAGAUAAUCAUGAAAAGAAUGGUCUCAGAAUCUACGGUGAUGAUGAGGAUCAUGAUAUUGAACCUAAGAUGUCCUUCAGGCGCAUGAUGUCCUUGGUGGCCAUGGCCUGCCUUUGGACUGGAUCUCAAAUUCCUGUUUAUCUUUUUGGCUCUAUUCCACCUUAUAUUUACUCAGAUAUUGGAGGUGUCGACCGCUGGAUUUGGUUUGUACUUGCCAAUUUACUCUCGCUAGCUGGCGUAUGUCCUUUUGUGGGAUCACUCUCUGAUCUCCUCGGCCGUCGAUAUGUAGCAUUGAUGGGAGCGUUCUUCAUCAUACUCGGGAUGAUUGUUUGCUCAACAGCCCAUAAAAUGAACGUUUUCAUUGGCGGAAUGUCCCUUGCGGGGGUUGGGGCGGGGAUUAACGAACUUACUGCCCUUGCUGCCACAUCCGAACUUGCACCCACCGCAAAGCGUGGGAAGUAUGUCGCAGUCUUAAUCUUCACCAUUCUUCCCUACUGUCCCUCGGUGUUAUGGGCUCAGCUCAUCGCCUAUCACUCCACAUGGCGCUAUUGUGGCCUCAUAUGUGGCGUUUGGGCUGCUAUUGGAUUCCUCCUUACGUUGUUCUUCUACUUCCCACCACCGCGUGUCAACUCCAAGGGUCUAUCAACGAAGGAGAUCAUUCUCCAGAUUGACUUUUUGGGGGGCUUUCUUAGCAUAUCAGGGAUGAUUCUAUUCAUGGCUGGCAUGCAAUGGGGUGGAUAUCAGUACAAAUGGUCUUCAGCCCACGUCCUUGCUCCUCUCAUUCUAGGCUUCGCCCUCAUUGUUGCAUUCUGCUUCUGGGAAGCUUAUGGUGCCAAGUUCCCCAUGUUCCCAUCCCGCCUGAAACAAGCCCCCCGAAUUCUCAUUCUGACGCUCAUUAUCACGUUCAUCUCUGGUGCCAACUUCUUCUCCAUCCUGAUGUUUUGGCCUACUCAAGCCUUUAAUGUAUAUGGCCACGAUCCCAUUGGUGUAGGUCUCCGCGGGAUUCCAACAGGAUUCUCUAUCCUCGCUGGUGCCGUCAUUGUCUUGUGGUGCCUAUCUGUAUUCAAGGGAAGAAACAGGGAGUUGAUGAUUAUCAGCUCGGUUACCAUGACAGCCGGAUGCGGCGCUCUCGCUUGUGCUACUCGUUUCAAUCUUCACCAGCUCUGGGGUGUUCUAGUUGUGGCCGGCCUUGGAAUCGGCGGCAUUGUAGUUCCCGCGUCUAUAAUCACCACCAUUAUCUGCCCCGACGACCUUAUCGCGACCGUUGCUGCUCUUACUCUGGCUGUCCGGGUGAUCGGGGGUUCGAUCGGAUACUGCGUCUACUACAAUGUUUUCGUCAACAAGUUCGUCCCGGCCGCCACCAAGAUGAUAGGCGAGCUCAUGGCGCUCGAGCUCCACAUCACCAACGGGAGUAAUAUUGGCGCCGCCAUCGAGUAUACGUCGGGCAGUCUCCUCCCGUUGCUCCACACGAUCCCGGGCAUUGCGGGCAACGAGACGGCGUAUAACAUGGUGGUCCUUGCGGGACAGGAGGCCUUUGCCCACGCUUACAAGUACGUUUACUAUACGAGCAUCGCGUUUGGGUCGGUCAGUAUCCUCGCGGCGUGCUUUCUGGGGGAUAUCAGCCCCUAUAUGGAUGACCACGUCGCGGUGGUCAUGCACUAG